GGAGGAGCCACCGGAGGAGCGGGAGGCCCAGGCGCCGCCUAGACGGGGCGGCGGGACCGGCCGGGCCCCGGAGCCCCGAAACCCCUCCAUGCACCGCCGUCCCCGCCCAGGAUGUUCCCGGCCCGGAGGAAGCCCCGCCUGCCCUGGGAGGACUCCAGGUCCCGCCUGCCACUGGGGAUGGCGCCCCGAAGGUGCACCGUGUUCCGCCUCUUCUUCGCCUGCCUGGUCCUGGGCUUCCUUUCCCUGCUCUGGCUGCAGCUCAGCUGCUCCGGGGACGGGGACCGCCGGGAGCGGGCCUGGGGGGAGGAGGCCGCGGCGGCCCCCGGUUCACAGAGGGCUUGUGACCCGGGCCCGGUCCAUUUUGAGGAGGACCCGUCCUGGGAUCCCCACCGCCUUGCGCUGCUGGUCCCUUUCCGGGAGCGCUUCGAGGAGCUCCUGGUAUUCGUUCCCUACAUGCACCGCUUCCUGAGCAAGAAGAAGAUCCGACACCAUAUCUACAUCCUCAACCAGGUGGAUCACUUCAGAUUUAACCGGGCAUCCCUGAUCAACGUGGGCUUCUUGGAGAGCGGCAAUGGCACGGACUAUAUCGCCAUGCACGACGUGGACCUGCUGCCCGUCAACGAGGCGCUCGACUACAGCUUCCCGGAGGCUGGGCCCUUCCACGUGGCGUCACCCGACCUGCACCCGCUCUACCAUUACAAGACAUACGUGGGCGGCAUCCUGCUCCUCACCAAGCAACAUUACCGGCUGUGCAAUGGUAUGUCCAACCGCUUCUGGGGCUGGGGCCGAGAGGACGAUGAAUUCUACCGCCGCAUCCGGGGGGCCGGGCUUCAGCUGUUCCGCCCUUCGGGCAUAACUACGGGCUACAAGACCUUCCGCCACCUGCACGACCCAGCCUGGCGCAAGAGGGACCAGAAACGCAUCGCGGCCCAGAAGCAGGAACAGUUCAAGGUGGACAAGGAAGGAGGACUGAGCAACGUCCGGUACCGCGUGGAUUCUCGGACCGCGCUCACCGUGGGCGGGGCCCCCUGCACCGUCCUCAACAUCCUUCUGGACUGCGACCCGGCCCAGACGCCCUGGUGCUCCUCUGGCUGAGCGGCCGCCACCCCGGCCUCCCAUCCAUAUGUCCUCGCCGGGAGCCCCGGCCCACCUGCGCGCCCCGUUCUCCCACAGCCCGGGGGUUUUGGACGCCAGGACCACGUGGGAGGGGCCCCGGGCCCCGAGGAAGCCAGCGGGGAACCCCCCUGUUCCCCCGCCCCGGUGGGCCUGAGGGCCGGAGGCUACAGGGCCGUGGUCAGCCACCGCGGCCGGCUCCGCUCUCCCCCGGCCCAGACUCAAGCUGGCCGGUGCGACUGAGGAGGGCGGGCUCUGGAGGUCAGUCCGACGGGCUGGACAGCAAUAAAGAGUAACCCUGGGCUCGUGGCCCGGGCUCCCCUGCGCUGAACUCUGCA